AUGAAUGCCUCAGGCAUUAUUUGCCUAUCAGUACGGAAUUUCAUAAAACGUACAAUUCAAGAAAAAGAAUUAUAUAUUAAAACUGCGAAAGGUCUUGCAAAAUAUGACGAUUUGGAGAAAGAAAUAUUCGUUCAACACGGCUAUCAUAUAAAACAUUGCGAAGAACCUUUCCCUAUAUUAGAGCAAUUGAAAAAGCAAACAUGUGCCGAGGUUUAUACAGACUGGUUUAAAGUUGCAAAAAAAUACGAUCCAAACUUAAAGCCACCUGAAGAAAUUCCACAGUCAUAUCGAGAUAUGUUCACGAUGAAUGGUCAUGCAAUCGCUACGAAACAUUAUUUCGACGAUAGAGGAGUUUCUGUUAUACCUAUUUGGACUGAAAUGUUUAUUGCUGAACUUCUCAAAAAUCAUCCAUAUUUGUACAAAAGCUAUGGAGAUGAAGGAAAGGCUGUACAUGUGGCGACAAAAGCUUUCUCGGUUCAAGACAAAGUUGGCUUAGUAAUUGGAUCAAUUAGCCCAUGGGUAGAAGUUAUGUGUCUUAGAAAUGGCGCUAAAAAAGUGAUUACCGUUGAUUACUACAAUUUAACAAUUCGACAUCCACAAAUGCAAUAUUAUCAUGCAUUACAAUUAGCGAAAAAUUGGGCAAAUUAUUCGGAGGCUUUCGAUUUUAUUGUCACAUUUUCCAGUAUCGAACAUAGCGGUCUUGGACGAUUCGGCGAUCCGAUAGAUCCGCUAGGAGAUAUACGAGAAAUGCGGAAAAUUCGAUGUUUGCUAAAUAACAAUGGUUUUUUAUUCUUAGGUAUUCCGAUUGGUGUGGAUCGAAUUCAUUUUAAUGCAGAUAGAGUAUAUGGACAAAUACGAUUAGCAAUGCUUCUUGAAGGUUUUAAAAUAAUUGGCAUUUUUUUACAUGAAGAAAUAGUCGAGAUGAAAAAUAUAAAAUUUGGAUUUGAACCUCGUCAAUAUUUAUUCGUAUUAAAAAAAACACCUAUUUGA